CCUAGACUUCAUAAAGUCUGUCGAUAUUUUAUCCAAUUCUGUCUAUUAAAGGCGACAUCAUUUUUCAAUUAGUCAUUAUUUAACCUUCUAUCUAAAGCCAUUUUAUUGAUCAUAAUAGAAAAAAAAAUUAAAUAAAUUUUUAACACAUUAUACGUAAACAAUACAAAACAAAAAUUGAUAUAAAAUGUCGAUAGAAUGCAGGUUAUGUGGAAAUAUUAGUCCUGCAAAGAUUCAACUUUCGGAUAAGAUUAAAGGAUUUCUAUCCUUCAAAGAGUUUGUCGAAUAUUUUUGUAGAAUUGAUUUGGAUGAUCCAGGUAUUGCAAACAAGCUUCCUACUUCUGUAUGUCAGGAUUGUUAUUAUGUGCUCCUUAAUUUCUGCAAAUUCACAAUCACUGUUGAGAAGUUACAAAAUAAGUUUAAGAACAGACUUCCUCAGGAAGAACAUCCAGUAUCCUACAAUAAAGUUGCGUUAAAAAGAAAACAUGAAGAUAAUCCUCAGAAAGAAUCGUCCGGUGGAACGAAUGAUUGUAAUAUUAAGGAUGAAAGCGAUAGUCGACUAAGCAUUAAAAGGAAUAAGAUUUUUCGGACUAAUGACGAAAUCAAGGCUCCUGAAAAGCAUGAAAACAAUAUAGGCGAAUGCUUGGAAGAAGUUUACCUGCUUUUCAAAGACGAUUUAGAGGCUCGCGAAAAACAAUAUGAAAAAGUUACUAUUAAGGAAUCAUUAUUGAUGGACGGUGGAGAGAUUCCAAGAAAUUGGCUAGAACGUUAUCGUGACUUUAUAACAUGGCAGGAUUUAUCUUAUCAAUGUUCUCACUGUACCAAACAAAUUAAAUCACUCAAUGCUUUUAUUAAACAUUUCGACGAGCUUAAAUUAUCCACCAACAAACGCAUAAUUAAGUGUCACUGUGGAAAAAUAUUCAAGGAUCAACUUUUUCUUAUAUCAUACAUAAAUCAUGUGUCAAAACUUCAUUAUAAUCAUUUAAAGUUUACAUGUAUUUUCUGUAGUAAAGUAUUUGUUAAUGUUGUUAAGCUUAGUAAUCAUUUGAAGCUGUCUCAUGGUAAUGCUAACGUUAAAAUUUUCCCUUGUUUUGAUUGUGGCUUAAUUUGCUCUACAUUGGACAGAUUAAAACAGCAUAAAAAUUGUCACGAAAUAUGACGACUUUUAUAUCACGAGAAAUUAAGAAAUUUGAAGUUAAAGAAAUCAUACAACAGUUGCCAAAUUCCUGUAACUUAAAUAUGCAUAACAUAAAUAUAAAGCAUACAUCAUAAUCUAGUUAUUUUGAAAUAAAAACGUUAUCGCUACUUCAUUUAAAAA